CACUGAGGUACUGAAACACUCACCUGUCUGCCUUCCUGACUGUUCACCUGUUCUGAAUGAUAAUCUAUUGACUUGUCAUAGUGAUCAGGGACCUGUCUGACCUCACAGCAUCAUGUUCACCAGGAAUGUUGUUCUUGUGUUCUCUCUGUUCGUCCUGCUGGUGGAGGGAGACCUCGACUCCAAUGAUGCUGGAAUACAAGCCAUGUCAACAGAUAAAGAUUCAACGUCUGAUGAAGCUCCUACAGAGAGUAUGAACGCUGUCUCUCCUGAUCAGACUGACGAACCCCAGUAUCUUGGAGGAGGACCUUCAGACGCCAGCAGUUCCAGUUCAGAGACCCCAGACGCUGCAGCAGCCAAUCAGGAAAAAGCACCUGAACCUGCAGCAGCUGCAAACAGUGUGGAGGAAGAAAACGCAGAGGACGAGACCUCCAACUCUGACGAGGGAGGGAAGAAGAAGUUCAGCUCACGCUUAGCCAAACCUCAGAGCCCCGCCCAGUCUCAACAAAUCCCCCCUCGCGUCCAGCAGAGCCCCGCCCUCCACCCCAUAAGCCCAGCCCAUGUUGUCCAAGGCCCCGUUCUUCUGCCUCAGCCAAUCAUCCCUCAGCCGAAAGCUCUGGUGAGAAGUCGGACAUCCAAGAGAAGAUCCAGGACCAACCGCCGGCAGAUAUAAGACGACACACACACACACACUCACAUAGUAAUAUGAACACAUUAAAACACGGUAACACACACACACACACACACAUAUAGUAAUAUAUACACACACACACACACUCACAUAGUAAUAUGAACACAUUAAAACACGUUAACACACACACACACACACACACACACACACACACACACACACACACACACAGUAAUACACAGUCAUAUACACACACACACACACACACACACACACACACACACACACAUAUACACACAUAGUAAUAUAUACACACACACAAACAUAUGUAGGAAUAAAAUCUUGUAAUCCAAGUGACACAUGAACACAUUUACCCAGACAAAACAGGAACACAUGAACACACAUGUGGAAACACACAUAUUAAUCUUCAGUCUGAAAACUAAAAACAAACUCAACCCUGCAGAAUCACCAAGCCGUUUGAUUGGUCAUCUGAUUGGUCAUCUGAUUGGUCAUCUCAUUGGUUGACCAAGAUGAUUAAAGGUAUCCAGGGGUCGUAUUCAAACCAACUUUAUUUGUUGAGACACUUUCAUCUGUAACAGAAGAAAAUAAAUCACAUAUUCAGGAGAUUCAUUUGAAUAAAUGAAUUUAUUCUCUGAUGUUUGUGGUUAAAACUGAUUUUUCAGAUGAUUUUAAAAAUGAAACUAAAACAUUUUUAUGAUUUUCAGUUUUCUCCUCAGUUUGUCAGUCAGGUGCCCCCCUUCAUGAUUUCGACCCCUGGGCUCUUACAGACCUCAGAGUAUUAAAUUUGUUUCAUGUGUAUUUACUUUCCU